AAGAUAACGAGGCGGGUCUUACAGUCAACACUAAGCAAGUGUUUUACUGCCUUGUACGAUUACUCGAUCUUGGAAAGGAGAUUAUUUCGUUUCUACUCCAAUUGCGAUUAUUGCUGCAUCUCCUAGGCUCCGAAUUUGCGAGUGCUGGACUUGCCUCGAUCGUAAUGUGUUUUUUGCCCCUGAUAUUGGACAAUAUGUGGGACAAUGAACUCUGGAGCAAAGCUUACGUGAAACAGGCAGUCAAUGACGACUAUUUGCGGCAAGAGGCCUUGACCUCACUUGCAAAACAUACAUACAAAGCUGAGGUGAUGGGAGGUAACUUAUCAGGUUAUCUUUUAAAUGAGUACCAGAAGGUGCACGAUGCACUUGGUCACAUACCUAACGGGGACGUCGAGGAUCUGUGGAGAAGACCAACGACCGCUCUGCCCAGUAUGUUCUCGAACCUCUGCAAUGACGGACCCAUGCUCUAUAUCGGGCUGUUGGCUCUCAUGAAUCCAAGUCAGGUAUCUGUCGUUCAACUAGCUAUGCUAGAACAAGCUGCCACACGUCUUCGAUACACAUUUUCUUUCGCCAAGCACAUCAUUAGCCUUUAUCCGACUGAAUUGGCCGGCUUGAAGAAUUUCUACAGACUUCUCGAUCUUAAGAACAAGAUGAAAGAUGGCUGUAUGCCGUAUUCACCGGCAGCUGAUUCUUCGGGUCUCUCGUUAGAAGUUCGGUACGAAUCUCGAGUUUUGUGCGGUUGUUGUUCUUCAUAUUUUCAAAUCGACAGAAAUGUAUCGUUUAACUAUCCGGGCGCCAAAUCAGAAAGAGAUGCAUUGAAGGAUGUUUCUUUUUCGAUAAAAGCAGGUCAAUUGGUGGUCAUCGUCGGCGCAAACGGCUCAGGAAAAUCGACCAUACUCAAGCUCCUGACUCGCUACUACGACACUACCUCAGGCACUGUCUUGAUCGAUGGAAAUCCCAUCCAAGAUUAUCGAAUUGCAGAUUUGCGGUCUGUGACAGCUAGUCUAACGCAGGAGCACACCUUAUUCCCCCUCUCUAUGAGCGAGAACAUCGGGAUCGGGUCACCAUCGUCUGUAACAAAUCUCGACAAGAUUGCUCAAGCAGCGAAGUUAGCUGGUGCUCAGGACGUUAUCAAGAACUUCACCGACGGAUAUGACACUGUACUCGAACCUGUCAAGACUGCCCAUCUUAGCUAUACAGGGAGGGGGAACGAGGACCUAAAAAAGGAGUACGAGAAGAUGGAGAAGACAAUAAACGUGUCUGGUGGAGAGAAACAAAGACUGGUUGCCUCCCGGACGUUUAUGCGUAUGCUGUCCGAGGACAUCAAGUUUGUGAUAGUCGACGAGCCUAGCUCUGCUCUUGACCCAGGAGGCGAAUACGAAUUAUUCAAGCAGCUCAGGGAGGCGCGCAAAGGAAGAACCAUGAUAUUCGUCACGCACCGUUUUGCGCAUCUCACCAAGUUUGCUGAUCUCAUCUUGUGUAUGAAGGGAGGAAGUGUGAUUGAGAUGGGAACGCAUCAGGAACUGUUGAACCAUGAGGGAGAGUAUGCUCAUCUAUAUAAUGUCCAAGCGCAAGCUUUUACUUGAGACUUACCGAACCAUCAAGGAUGGCCGUCAUAGAAUUAGCUAGUAUACGUCGGCAAAUGGGAUUAUGCUACGUAACAAUGAUAGUCACUUCCGUACAACGCAAAUAGAUUAUAAAACCUGUACUUAUGUCGCAUAGAACAUGUAUAUCGCAGUCCCACGCAUGUCUGACGGUCCUCGAAUGCGGGCACCAAGAAUAUGUUCUCGAUCCCCACUGUAAAUUGGUAGCACGACAAUUAUUAGUCCUUGUGAGCCGAUCGCUGAUGCGGGGGCUACAGACACAAGUAGUGUGCAUCUCAAUAUAGGUUCCGCCAGCUUAGAUUUCGUUUUGAUAUU